GAUGUAUUUGAGCAGGAGGAGAGGGACAACGAGCUCCGCAAACACACUGAGCGAGAGCUCCAUGAGUCUAACAGGAAGCUGAAGCAAAAGCUUGACGCUGAGAAGAAAGCUGCUGCUGCAACAAGGAGAAAGGAGGCUGCUGAGCGAGCACAGCUGAAGCGUGAGGAAGCAGCUGCACGCAAAGCUGAACGAGAGCGUCAAAAGCAAGAGCGCGAUGCUGUAGAAGCUAUACAACUGACCCAAAGAGGCAAGCGGAAAGCUUCACAGUCUGCAGCACCUAGAAAGAAGCAGAGUCGUGGUGCUGCAGCUGCCCGUAGUUUUUGUGUUGCUACGGCGCGUUCCCCAACCCCUCCACCUACAUACAACAGCCGUGGCCGCAAAAUCGCCCCACGCAAAAAGUUUGAGCUAGGGAAUUAA